GACUGGCAGCAAAGUAAUUCAAGUUUUCCUUUAAACCACUCCUGAGUCUUGAAUCGGAGUAGCUUCAUCUGCAUCCGUAUGUUUGAGCAGCAUAAAAACCCAAUCUAAACUUUUUAUUUCGGGGUUGCAAACGGAUUAUUCUACACCACGGUGGAAAAUAACAUUGGAAUCUGAAUGCGGCAAGGAUUAUUUGGGAUUAUUUCGUGGUGAAGCAACUCCAUCGAUGUGCCGUCAGAAGGAUUCUCAAGCGAAGGAUUUAACCAAGGCUGCUCAAAGUCCAAGACAAAAAACUAACUAUUUUGCUGUCGUUUCAUGUGGUAGCUAUAGUGUAGUUAUUGGAGGAAUAAUUAUGGUAUAGCCUAUAAAUUGCUGCUCGGAAGAUUGUCUUGGCGAAUUGUGUUGCCUCUGUAAAAACAAACGUUUUCAUUGAGUUGGUAGACUAUAUGGUUGUAGGAUAUAACAGACCAGUAAAUGCAUGUAUGUCGCAUUCUGUUUUGUUGUGUAAUAUCGUUACAUUUGACUUUGUUUAAUGCAACAUACAACCGUAAAUUACAUUCUAAUGCUGCGAGUUAGUCAUAAAUCUACGACCCCCGGCUGCGCAUGUAGUGCGCGCCGUUUACAAAACAUUAAUGUUGUGCGGAGACCAUAAAUCAAUGUGGAAUCCUCACAGACCUGGACGGGAACAAUACGACACAUCCAAAACUGUUUAAAUUGUCGUAUGUUCAGGUCGAAACGCUCAGGUCUUAUACGGCGACUCUGGAGAAGCCGUUUAGUCCCAGACAGAGACGGGGGAGAUGGGAGAAGCAAACGAAGCGAGGAGUUUCGGGACGGUUCGUGUGGCAGUAACCCAGAAAAAAUUCCCAAAACGGAGCUCCGGUCGGUGACCCGUGCCUCGCCAUCUCUGGGAACUUUCGACGAAGUGUGCAACACAGACCUCACGGACAGCGCAGAGUCGGCGCCGGGGGACAAUUCGGACCAUGGUCAGGGGGAUGCCAUGUGUGUCCCCGUCCCUCAUCACCGAGGCUCUCAGACAGAACACGAGAAUGACAGUAGAACGGUUACAUGCUGUUUGUUUCGAGACAGGGAUCCUCGACCUCGGAGCCCCGUCUUGACCCGGGGUAUUCCAAAUUCUAGUCCCCGCGAUGGAGGUAUCCUCACGGGACGGGAGGGGAAUACUGGCUCGGUGGCGGAGCAAGAACUCAAGAACGUUACCUAUGCUCUUUUGAAAAGACUCCAGGAGAAACCGCUGGAUGCCUUGUUGGAGGCGGUGGAGUCGAAAGGAGGGAUGCCCAGUGACUGUGUUCUGGUACCCCAGACGGAGCUGCGUUUAGGUGGCCACUCGACAUCUCCUCCAUUUCUGCUCUGUAAACUCUACCGAUGGACUGACCUGCACCACUCGACUCAACUCAAAGCGCUGUGCCACUGUCAAAGCUUCCGGGCAUUGGACAGCAGCGAAACAGUGUGCUGUAACCCCUAUCACUACAGUCUCUUGUGUGGGCCAGAAUCACCACCACCCCCCUACUCACGACUAUCUCCCUCAGAUGAACACAAGCCACUGGAACUAUCAGAUUCAACACUUUCAACACUGUCGUACACUGAAACUGUGGCCCCCCAGUCCCCCGAUGUCGCGCCAAGACUCUUCUCAGCCCCCGGUACCUCCGUGGGCUCCUCGUCCUCCUGUGAGCGGCGUUCCCACUGGUGCAGCGUAGCCUACUGGGAACAGCAGACGCGGGUCGGCCGCCUCUACCCGGCCCACGAGCCCUCGCUCAGCAUCUUCUACGACCUACCUCAGGGCACGGGCCUCUGCCUGGGCCAACUCAACGCCGUUGCCAACGCUAGCAACGGUCACCGCUGCGACGGUCACCAUGGCAACCGUAGUCACCGCGGCGGUAGUGGCAGCAGCACGGUCAGCUGUGUCCAGCGAACGCGCAGCAAAAUCGGCUACGGGAUUGUCCUGAGCCAAGAACCUGACGGAGUGUGGAUCUACAACCGUAGCCAGCACCCAGUGUUUGUCCACUCGCCCACCCUGGACCUGCCCAGCUCAGUGAGGGGACUGACGGUGAGGAGGGUGAUGCCUGGCUACUCACUCAAAGUGUUUGACUAUGACAAGUCCAGUUGGAUCCUGCAGCAGGGCAUGGAGCCCCCUGUGGGGCUGGAGGGCCCCUAUGACCCCCACAGUGUGAGGAUCAGCUUCGCCAAGGGCUGGGGCCCCUGCUACUCCAGACAGUUCGUCACCUCCUGCCCCUGCUGGGUGGAGGUGUUGCUCAAUACCCACAGAUAACACACAGACUAGGAAGACAGACAGAGGGAUGGAUGGACAGGCAUACACACGGAUGGACAGACGGGGAAACACAAAUACAGUACACGUAUAUACUUACACAGGUGCUCACAGGUAUAUGUGUACACACACACACACACACACACACACACACACACACACACACACACACACACACAGACAUACACAGACAUACACACACACACACACAUACACACACACACAUAGACACACACACACACAGACACACACACACACACACACACACAUACACACACACACACACAUAGACACACACACACAUAGACACACACACACACACACACACACACACACACACACACACACACACACACACACACAUAGACACACACACACACACACACACACACACACACACACACACAUAGACACACACACACACACACACAUAGACACACACACACACACACACACACACACACACACACACACAGACACACACACACACACACACACACACACACAUAGACACACACACACAUAGACACACACACAUAGACACACACACACACACACACACACAGACACACACACACACAUAGACACACACACACAUAGACACACACACACACACACACAUACACACACAUAGACACACACACACACACACACACACACACACACACACACACACACACACACACACACACACACACACACACACACACACACACACAUAGACACACACACACACACACACACACACACACACACACAUAGACACACACACAGACACACACACACACACAGACAGCUAUCUCAACCAACUAUCCCAAAUAUAAUCUACCUAGAUUUAAUAUAAAGUUUUAUAUAUUAUAUGAAAUAUAUUAUACUUGUAAAUACCAAGUCAUUUUUACAAUGCAAUUAUUUAUGUAUAGUGUAAUGUGUAUAUGGAUGAAAUAAAACAAAAAAGAACAGAAUUAUGCACUUUGGAUUCUAUAUAUGCUGAAAGAGAUAUAUCCUGCAGACAACAUGACACACCUGGUUUUAGUUCUCAUAUUUUAUCAAUCACCUGAAAAGUUAUGCCAUUCACACAUUGACAAUAAAGUACUCGUAUUCUAA